CAGCAUCACAACACGCAAUGGAUAAAUCCCAGCGCAUUGUCAUCGUCGGCGCCGGCGUCUUCGGCCUCUCAACCGCCCUCUCCCUCGCCCAGGACGGCUACCACUCCAUCACUGUUCUCGACCGCUCUAUGCCCCCGGUCCCCGACGGCAGCAGCAACGACAUCUCGCGCGUCAUCCGCUUCGACUACGGCGACAAGGUCUACGCCCAGCUCGGCAAGGAGGCUUUCGAUCUCUGGAAUACGGAGGAGUACGCGGCAUCAUUCCAUCCAACGCCCUGUGUCUGGACGGCGGAGACAACAUCCCGCCCUGGUGGUCACGGGACAGCCAUAGUAGCCAAGGAUAAGCUCAAGGGCGGAUCGGACUUUAUUCGCAAGAGCCAGGCAAUUCUCGACGAGCUCCAGCUCAAGUGGCAUCCCCUGCGCGAUGUGGAUGCAUUGAAGGAAAGGUUCCCGGCGGUGCAGGGACGCCCGAUCGGGGCCGGGUUUGAGGGCUUCUACAAUGAGGCUGCGGGCUGGGCCGAUGCGGGGGUUGCAAUUGCAGGGCUGAGGGAUCGGUGUAUCGCUGCUGGGGUGGCCUUCGUGACGGGGCCGCACGGGCAGGUAUCAGGCCUGGAGCAUGGCGAGACCUCCACCUCCACCUCCACGACCCAGAAGAAGAUCACCGCUCUUCGCACCGCAGACGGGGGCCGCAUCACCGGCGACCGCUUCAUCCUCGCCACCGGCGCCUGGACCGCGAGCCUCAUCCCCUCCUGGAACCACAUGGUCGCCACCGCCCAGAUCGUCGGCUUCGUGCGACUCACUCCGGCCGAACUCGAGGCGCUGAAGGACCUCCCCAUCAUCUUCAACCUGUCCACCGGCUUCUUCAGCUUCCCGCCGCACCCCGACGCCGGGUAUCUGAAAGUCGCGUGCCACAGCUUCGGGUACACGCUAUCUUCUUCCUCGCCGAGCAGCAGCAGCAGCGGCGGUGGUGUCUCCUCGCCUCCUGCGCGGCCGAUCCCGGCGCGCGCCAACUUCAUUCCCCAGGAGGGCGAGCAGCGGCUACUGGCGGGGUUGAGGGAGAUCCUGCCCGAUCUUGCGGCCAGGGGGUUCGAGAAGACGUGUUUAUGUUGGUACAACGAGACGCCCACGGGGGAUUUCGUCUUUGAUUAUCAUCCGGAUUAUGAGAAUCUGUUUGUUGCGACGGGGGGCACGGGACAUGCAUUCAAGUUCCUGCCUGUGAUAGGCAAGUACAUCGCCGGCGCAUUCCAGCGCAAACUCUCCCCGGAGUUGACGGCGAAAUGGAAGUUCCACACCGAGUAUCGCGAGCAAGCGCGCGAGGACAUCUUCACGGGCGACUCCAGUCGGAAGGGAGGAGACGGGAGUCGUGGCGGGCCAGCGCGGAGGGAGUUGACCGCGCAGGAACGCGAUACACUGCUGUCGCUUACGGAUGCCUUGGCCACGAGACAGGCUCGCAUUUAGAAACUGUGUUUGGCUAUUUGACUCCCUGCCUCCGAGUACCUCUUCCGUUCACUCUGAACGCAAGAGUUGGUCCUUCAGUCACGAAGACCCCCUCCUUCUUUCGACCGGGUCAUCUUCUGUAGCAUUUCGGCCAGAGAUACUGGCAGUCCGCUGCAGGGUAUUGGAUGCUUGGGGAAGUAUGGCAUCAACGACUUCGGUUUGAGCCUUGGUCUUUCUAUGUGUGGUCCAUUUUUAAAGUCGAUCGCGGUGUUUAGUGCUCGUAGACGGAUGGUUGGUUGAAUGAUCAAGAUUCCAGUAAUUCGGUAGGUAGAUGCAUGCCGUUGGUUUAUAUAUCUGGUCACGAGCAUAGCCGGUAGCAGCACAUCAUCUGCGCAACAGAGCUGCCAUCACAAAAUAAUUC